AUGCAAAAAAAAAAAAAAUCGGAACCGGCCGGCACCCGAAGAUAUGGCGAAUUUCCUCAGGAGGUACCCACUAUAAAAGCAAAUUGUCCAACUCAGUGGGAUAUCAGUACCUACUUAACUGACCACGUUAAAAAGAUGUCUUGUAAAAUUUCAAUAUUAUGUUUAUUUGUUUUAGCUGCAAACGUUAACGGUGGCGCUGUAAGUUACGUUUCAGGUGGGAUAGCUUUAGACGGAGGCAUAGGACUAGGAGGAUUACACAAUGGAAUUGGACUAGGAGGGUUGGACAAUGGAAUUGGACUAGGAGGGUUGGAUAAUGGAAUUGGACUAACAAGAGUCAGUUUAGGAGGACUAGGAGGAAGAAUCGGACUAGGCGGAGGGGGAUUGGACAAUGGAAUUGGACUGGGAAGAGUGAGUUUGGGAGGACUAGGCGGUGGAAUUGGACUGGGAGGAUUAAACAAUGGAAUUGAACUAGGAAGAGUUAGUUUGGGAGGACUUGGCGGUGGAAUUGGACUAGGCGGAUUAGAUGGAGGAUUGGGUUUGGGUGGAUUGGGAUUAGGCGGACUGAAAUUGGCUAGGCUUCAACCGAUAGCUACUAAAAUAGCUGUGGCCCCAGCUAACUCAAUAGUUUCGCCAUCUAUUGGUAUCGCAAAAACUAUAGAUUACCACACCCCACCAAAAUACGAAUACAAAUACGCAGUGGCCGAUCACAAAACCGGAGAUCAAAAAGAACAAACCGAACAACGUAUCGGCGACGUUGUCCACGGACAAUAUUCCUUAGCCGAACCUGAUGGUACCAUUCGUGUGGUCAACGGGUUCAACGCUCAAGUGUCCAGAAUAGGACACGCAAUCCACCCGCAAAAGUCUUACGUGUCUAGUAGUUUGGGGCUUGGAGGAUUGGGGCUCAAAUUGCUUUAG